GUAGAUCUCAACGUGCGUGGGUUCGAGUCCCGCAGCAUGCCGGAAGACGUCUAACAAAAAAACUGAUGCUAGCGUUGUGUGUUAACGUGCCUCACCGCUGUGUUCAGUGCGGGUGUGAAUGCAGUUGGAAAAACACUCCGUCCAUCGGAAAGGACGCAAAUGUUGGUCCCGUGUAUAGGAGAGUCACAACCUAUGCACGUUAAAACCAAUACACUAUUCGUCAAAGAGUAGGGUGUUCACCCGGUGUAUUGCACCUGCCGGUCCCCGGUACUACAAUACUGCAAGAAUCUUCAGGAUUGAAGGAGGCAGUGUAGCUUGAAGAAGAAGAAGAAAUCUAACUUUGUUAUGUUAAAAAAUGCUCGAGUCAAGACAAAAACCUCGACUCUACGACAUGCUUUUCAGUUUGUGGGACUGAAUGAAGAAAGGAAGCGAGAGAGAGAGGCGCAGACAGAUGUUGAGCAGUUCUACAAGGAAGCCUUGGAAAAUGCUUCUAAUUUCAAUUCUCGGAUGAUGUCAGAACGGAAGAUGAGACUUCCGUUUCUUGACUCUCAGACUGGUGUAGCCCAGAAUAACUGCUUCUUGUGGUUCCAGAAGCGUCAUAGAGCCCAGGGUCAGGAACGGGGCCAACUGUACACCUACCCUUCCAGGAGAUGGAGGAAGAAGCGCAAGAAUCACCAGCCUGUCCCAGUAGAAAUUGCAGAGAACAAAAUUCUUGCUGAAGCCUUAGGGGCAGACCUUGGUGAUUUUUCAGGUGAGGUCCCGGUAGAGACGGCCAUCAACCCCGAGCAUGACCCGACACAAUACGGAGGCAUCACCAUCCACCCAGUCCAUCAAGAAUCAGAGGAUAUCCUGAGACACCUUGAAGCUGAUGAUGUAUACCCUGAUGCUGGUGAGAUUGACAGACCGGGCUCAGAGAGCGACGAGGACUACGAGGUGUCGUCUCGUAAAAAGAAGCAGAAGAAGGGGCGUGGUACGGGAGGAGGACGACGAUCGCGAGGAGGGGGAGGUGGUGGAGGAGGAGGAGGAGAUGGUGAGAUGCCACUACUAACUGCUGAAGAUAGACCUUAUGCAUGUAAAGUCUGCAAGAAACGGUACAAGAACCGGCAGGGUUUGAACUACCACACCCAACACACCCACCAAGGAGACCUGGACACCAGCAUGGAGGAGCCGGAGUCCCAGCCGUCGCCCCUGGAACCAGUGACUGACCCACUAGGUGAAGCUCCCAAGUCAAGUAAAGGAGGUCAACCAGAAACCAAUAAUUACUGUGACUUCUGCCUCGGCGAUGCCACCGAGAACAAGAAGACGAGGAUGCCGGAAGAUCUCAUAUCGUGUUCAGACUGUGGUAGAUCAGGCCAUCCAACCUGUCUCCAGUUCACUGAUACCAUGAUACAGAAGGUCAAAGGUUACCGUUGGCAGUGCAUCGAGUGCAAGUCAUGCGGACUCUGUGGCACUUCAGACAAUGAUGACCAACUGUUGUUCUGCGAUGACUGUGAUAGGGGAUACCACAUGUAUUGUCUCAAUCCACCCAUGCAGGCACCACCUGAAGGAAGCUGGAUAUGUGACCUGUGCAAGGUGUGAGGAGGAGUACAUGCCCGCUGCAUUUAUCAUUAUACUGCUAAAGAAUAAGAUAUGUGGAUAUGAUAUCAUAUUCCAAACAUCAAAUGCUCUGAAUUGCCUAUUUAUGUAAUAUGGUCAAGUUAUUGCCAAACGGUGAAUGUGAGGAUGUAUGCGAACUCUCCUUGGUGAAAUUCUCAAUUUUCAAGAUAAUGUAGCUUUAUUACAUGAAAAAUUGAAGUGACAAUUGCCCCAGGAAAUAGGUGUGCUGUAACUUCAAGAGAUUUUUAAAGAGAAUUGAAGACAGUUAUUUUUUAAAAUGAUCGUUGAAUGUGUAGCAUGAUUCUUAUAAGCAUGAUGGAGAUCAUGUUAAUAGCUUGGUUAUACCUAUUAGAUGAGAGAUAGAUGUUUGAUAUUUGAUAGGUUUAUUGAGCAAAUAAUAUAUAAAAAAUAAUGGGAUAAAAAUAGGUUCAAUAUCUCUUGUAUAUGUCACCACCACCCUUUCAUAUAAAGACCAUGUACAUUUGGAAAACUUUAUUGCAUAUUUUCAAUGCAGAACAUAUAUGUACAAAACAACUCAAAAUAAUGCAUUCUGUACAUAGAUUUAAAUAAUAUUGUACAUUUGCCAAAAGUGUCAACAACCCCCCCCCCCCCCCUUUCCCCAAUGUGCAUGCAGUAUGUUACCCUUGAAGGAGACAUAUCUAUGUAAUGUAUUGUAGUGUCUCGUAUCAAUAGAAGUAGAUAUACUUGUAGUAGUAUUCAUGUAGAUUGUUCUUUCACACAUUGUGGUAAAAGUUUAGGUGUGAAAUGUCAGAAUAGUUUCAAUGUGAAAGCCUAAUUAAAUAACAUUUGUUUUUAAUAAAAUCCUUAAAUAGUCA